AUGAUAAUAUUGCUUCUGAUCCCAAUAGCUCAGGCAGCUUUAUUAUCAUCAGCUAUUACUUUUCGGCAUGGAGCAAGAGCUUCUUAUUACAAAUACAGCUGAGAUACCGCUACAUGACCUCAAGGACUUCAAGAGCUGACUCCAGCCGGAAUGAGGCAGCACUAUCUAAACGGUGUCCAGCUCAGACAGAGAUAUAUAAUUGAUCAGUCGUUUUUAAAGCCAAAUUAUGAUAGUACUGAAAUAUACGUCCGCUCAACAGACGUAAACAGAACCAUCAUGAGCGCCGAAAGUUUAUUAACCGGCCUUUAUCCAAAUGGCCCCAAAAUUGCUAAUGCAAAUUUGCAAAAAGCAGUCCCUCCUAUACAAAUCAAUGGUCUCCCUGAUAUCCAAGCUAAGCUUGGGAACUAUGCUUUACCUAUAAAACGUCAGCCAAUUCCUAUACAUGUAGUAGAGAUGAAACAUGAUACCAUGCUAUAUGCUUUUGGAGAUUCUUGCCCCAGAUUUGACCAGCUUUAUAAUGAUAUUCCUAACACUCAGGCAUACCAGGAAAAAGUAACAGAAUACAUAAAUUCUGGACUUCAAGCUCAAGUCAAUGAAAUUUUCAACACAAAUGCAUCUUAUGAAGACGCUUCUAAUUUUGGAGAUACCAUGGUUUGUGAGCUUUUUGACGGUUUUCCGCUACCUGAAGGAGUUACUUAUGAGAUCUAUAUGGAGCUUAUAGGCAUGUACAAUUACACAAAUACUUAUUAUUUUACCCCAGAAGGUGCAGCACUAUCAUCAACAGAAUUUUUUAAAACAAUUAUUCAGCAAUUUAAUAUGACAAUUUUAAAUGAGCCGACUGUAAAACUUUCUCUUUAUUCAGCUCAUGAUACAACCUUGGCAGGAUUUUUAAUAUUCUUAGGUGUAUGGGAUGGUUGGAAUCCUCUUUUUGCCUCAACUCUUAUAUUUGAGCUAUAUGGAGAAAACGGAGGAUAUUUUGUAUCAAUUAUUUAUAAUGAUAAUGUUUUAACCUUGCCUGGGUGUGUAGAAAUGUGCCCUUUUGAUGAGUUCGUAAGCAUAAUAGAGCCUAAUUUGAUAAAAAAUAUGACGUUAGGCUGCCAGAAACAAAAACCACAAUAA